AUGACCCCAUACUCAUGGAUUAUACUUACUCACAUGUUUAGUAGUGGAGCCAUCUUUAGCCAGGAUGCCAUCCUUAAGCUAUUAGAUCACCCCACUCAAACCGAAUUGACUAUGUGAUUAAAGUAGAGGCAUCUUCGUAAUCAACAUAGAAAUAUUCUUAACAAAAAUAACAGUGUAUUUGCGUAGUAUCUCUCUCAACCUCAAUGGCGCGGACGAUGCCGGUAUGGCCUGCUUCCCGAGCGUGGUCCAGCGAGUUACGGUGAAAGCAGUUGGGCAGAAGGGGGUUCGCUGGAGAAAGGGGACCAAUCAUGAAGAACCCGUCAGGAGAGAAGUCUGAGAAUUCUGGAAGUUAA